UGCUGCUGUUUAGGCUGAAACCGAAAGUAUUAGUAAUCGAGUAGUAGAUGCCGCGGCAGAAUGUCUCCCCGGUCUUGCUUGAUUUAUUUACGUGAACUUUACGUAUUUCUGCGUUGAUUUCAGUUGGCUGUUGUACAGGUAUAAAGCUCAACAUGAAUACUCUGAAGCUUCUUGAGAUUGAUGAGGACCUGACAAGUAAGGAAGUGGCCGAGCUUAAGUUUCUGUGCACGGACACGGAUCUGCUUCAGAAAAAGCGUCUGGAGAGAGUAAGUGAUGCCAAAGAUCUCUUUUCACGACUGGAUGAGCAGGGACUGCUCGAGGAUGGUCUGCUCAUCCCUGAGCUUCUCAUCACAAUUGGGCGCUUUGACCUGCUUGUCAUCCUGAAUACGUCUAGAGAGGAGGUGGAGAGGCAUCUGCUAACACGUGACACAAGCAAGGGGGUCUCACCAUACAGAAAGAUGCUUUAUAAAUUGUCUGAAGGCAUGACUGAAGAAAACCUUAGUGCAGUGAAGUUCCUUCUCUCUGAGGAGAUUCCCAAAUCAAAACUUGCAACAUCUUCUUCAUUACUAGACAUUUUGAUUGAGAUGGAAAAGCAGCAGAUGCUUGGAGAAGACAAACUAGAUAAGCUGCAAAGAAUUCUAGAAAAGUGUGACAAACAACUGGCCAGCAUGAUACAAGAUUUCAAGUAUAUGCACAUAAGACAAGUAGGGGGCAGACCUCCUCUACAGGAAGUUUCUAACCGUCAGCCCUCCAGACCCCACCAUCCUGAACCUAUAGAGAAAGAGGUACCUGCAUCAAGGAGGGACUCUUCUGGGAAUCUUGUUACUGAUUCACAGCCUCUAGAAAAAGUUGAAGAUAAUGAAUACUAUACCAUUAGCCAUCAGCCUGUAGGAUACUGUCUCAUCGUCAAUAACUACAACUUCGAAAUGUGCAAAAAGUUGCGCAACCGGAGAGGCACAGAAAAGGACAAAGAGGACCUUAAAAGAGUGUUUGAGAAAAUGCAUUUUGAGGUCGAGGUGCACGACGAUUUGAAUGCUUUAGACAUGCUCGAUGUGGUGAAGGAGUUUGCCAAGAGGGAUCACACUCAAAUGGACGCUUUCGCCUGCUGUGUCCUCUCCCACGGAGAGAAAGGUGCCGUGUUGGGCGUAGAUGGCCAACCGCUUGAGAUCCGUGAACUCACACUGCCCUUUGCUACAUGCAACACCUUGGCCAGCAAGCCCAAGCUGUUUUUCAUUCAGGCCUGCCAAGGUAAUUUGGGCCAGGAGGCUGUGUGGAUGCCGGAUGGACAGGACUGUACAGAAGAAGGAGGGUAUGAAGAGGAUGCUCGUAUGGUUCUGCCUCCUAAAGAAGCAGAUUUUCUAAUUGGAAUGGCCACGGUAGAGCAUUAUCUGUCCUUCCGGCACACCAAAGAUGGGUCUAUCUAUAUCCAGGAGCUCUGUAGACAGCUGGAGAAUCUCUGCCCCAAAAAAGAGGACAUCUUGUCUAUUAUGACAAAGGUGAAUUGGGAAGUCAGCGCCCAGAUGUUAAACGGCCACAAGCAGAUGCCCGAACCUCGAUAUACCCUCAGAAAGAAACUCGUCCUUCCUAUGGACUGAAGCUUCUGACCGGUUUCGUGUCCGGCAAAGUUCCGUUACCCAGUCUUCAUCUGAUACAGCAUACAGAAGGACCCGAGUGCUUCUGUCAUAUGGAUGAAUUAUCACUGAAUUAUGAGGUUAAGGUCGUAUGUACAGUAACUUGUAAGUAAGUAUACUAACAAGGCUUGUAUAAAGGGAAAGUAAUAAUAAAACAUCUAUAUUUGAUACUAGACAGGUUAGUUAGGAACUAAAUGCUGACACAAGAGGUUUAAAUGAUUAAGAUUUGAAUGGAGAUGUAAAUGCAGAUUUAUGAGAUUAAUGUACAGUAUAGUAAUAAAGUAAACCAUUGAUGUGGAGACCAGAUGAAUCAAUAAAUUAGGGCUGUCAAACGAUUAACCGUGAUUACCAGAAUAAAAUUGUUUACAUAAUAUAUGUCUGUGUAAUGUGCAUAUUAAUUUUGUAUUUAUAAACAUAUACAUACAUGUAUAUAUAUUUAGGAAAUAUGUACAUGUGUGUAUUUAUUUAUAUUUACUAAUUAAAAUCAUACAUGAAUGUUUAUUCAUUCUAAUGAUAUAUGUAUGUAUGUGUAUGUUUUUAUAAAUACAAAAUGUAUAUGCACAGACAUUUUAUGUAAACACAAAAUUUUAUUCGGGAUGCCAUUAAUCACAAUUAAUCGUUUGACAGCCCUACAAUGAAUUAAACAUCAUGCAGUUUUAUUUCUUAUUUUUUCCCCUAAAGUCAAUGUUUAUUAGUUGUUGCACCAUUUCUUUUAAAUCUGUAAAUCCUGUGAAAUUGUGCAGGUCUUAAAAUGUUAUACACAACCUGUUUAAGUGAGACUAAAGUUAGGUUUUUACAGACUCCUCAGUAUUGUCCUUUUCAUAAAUUUCUCUUCUGUUUGGGAACAGUAACAUAUUCUACUUUUUUACUCAUUACCUUAUUGUAACUGAGCUGGCUAAACACAUUUUGUGUGUGCAUAGGAAUAUUUUUCUUUUAUAUAAAGAUGAUUGUUUUUCUUUAAAGAUCACCUUGGACUUUUUGUUGCAUGUUUAUACACGCUAUAAACCUGUUUUUAUGUGAUAUCUGUGUUUUUGGUCUGGUUACAGUCACCUCUUUUUAUAGAAAAUCAGUCUAUAAAUGGCUUAUAAAUAUAACUGUAAACCUUUAAAAUCACAAACACAGUAUACAAAAUAAAUUAAAAAAUCUUAA